AUGUCUAUCGUCGACCUGUCGGGCAGUAAUUGUCUUCGACAACGACUGGUGCUGUCGAUACUGUCGGGCCGACCGAUGCGCGUGUCUGGGAUCAGAUGCAAAGACAUGGACAGAGGUCUGAACGACAGCGAAAUGAAUUUACUAAAACUGGUCGAAAAGGUGACCAACGGUUCCGACAUCUAUGUCGACGAGAGGGGGACCAGACUUAUGUUCAAACCCGGCCUCCCAUACGGCGGACACGUGGACCACGACUGCGGCCUAACCCGCAGUAUUGUCUACUCUCUGGAACUGCUCUUAAUGUUGAGUCCGUUUUGCAAACACCCGAUUGAGGCGCGACUGACGGGCGUUACCAACGAUCGCAUCGACCCGUCGGUGGACGCCAUCAAACACUCGGCGCCCGCAGUAAUGAAACCCUUCUUCGGUUACGUCGAUCCCGAAGAUCUCGCGAUCGAAGUGGUGUCCAGAGGUCUGCCGCCCGACGGCGGCGGUUGCGUGACAUUGAAGUGUCCCAUUCGGCGCAUUCUGCGACCCGUGCAGUGUCUCAGCGCCGGUAAAGUGAAGAGAGUGCGCGGCAUUGCGUUCGCCACUCGGGUUUCGCCGCAAAUCGCUAACCGAAUGGUCGCCGAAGCGAAGGGAAUACUCUUGAAAUACAUUCCCGAUAUCUAUAUAUAUACGGAUCACUUGAAAGGCGCCAAAAGUGGCAAAUCUCGCGGUUUUGGUCUGUGUUUGUGGGCGGAGACGACGACCGGUAUAUUCUAUACGGGAGACGCGGUCUCACAUCCGUCCGGUUCCGGCAAAGAGACGGAAGCCGUGGCCGAAGACAUCGCCGUAGAGGCGACUCAUGCGCUCCUCAAUGAUAUCUAUAGAGGAGGAGCUGUCGAUACACAGAAUCAGGGAUUGUGUGCUCUUCUGAUGGCUUUCGGUCAAAGAGAUCUCUCGAAAGCAGAGUUCGGACCAUUGACUCCAUUCACGAUACAAAUGUUGAGACACAUCAAGACAUUUGUCGACUUGACCUUCAAAUUGGACACUAAAUCAAGCGCUGAACGCAACGAAGACAUCGACGACCAGUUGAAGUUGGGCUCCAAGAAAGUGGUGGCCACUUGUAUUGGCAUCGGUUUCUCUAACCUAAACAAAACUGUUUCCUAA